GGGGCCGCUCCGCCGCCUCAGGAAAGUUCGGAGGCGAAGCCCAGCAACUCGUAGCCUCGAAACCAGCUGUUUUACUUUUUUUUUUUUUUUUUACUCCGCCAACGGCCCCCAACCUCCGGGUCCGGGUUGCUCCGCUGGUCAAAGUGCGUGCAGACUAGUUGGCAAAAGUUGAGGGCGGCGACGUCUCGGGGAACAGCUGUUUGCGUUCGGGGCGGAGGCGGCGCGCGAGCUCCCUGGCCACGAGCCAGCGAGCCUAGAAGAAGGGUGGAGGUUCUGGAUCCCGGGGGUGAGGGAGAGAACAGGCGGGAUGACGCGGGGACUUGAGACUUGAGGAUCUGUCCUUCAGCUCAGGCCCCGUCGCGCUUUCGCCCCUUCUCGGUGACCUCAACCCCUUUAUAGCGACCCCACCUCUCAGGAGCCGGGAGUACCGCCCCUGUAGGGGGAGGGGAGGGGAGGAGAUUUCGCACGCGGAUUGAGUCGUCUGGGCACCCGUAGUUGGGAACCGUGGAACACUGGUCCCGGAGCAGGAGGGAGGUGUCCGGGCUGAGAGGUUCGGGUGGGCCUUGCGGCGGGCAGCGUCUCGACUGUCUCCGGGUGAGGAACACGAGCCUGAGCCGGACCCAGGGGCGACGCGCCGAGCGGCGGGUCCAGUCAUGUGAGUCGGGUCUCAGGCCCUGAACAAGGCGGUGUUGUUUCUCUGGGCGGCCUUUCCUCCCCGAGGCUCUCCCUCCACCACCGCCCCCUCCCCCGCCCCUCGGCUGGAGGCGUGCCGGGCGCGCUCUUAACUCGCUCGGGACCGGGCCCGGACCUGCAGGGCCGGUUUUCCGGGCGGGGUAGAAAUGUUACCCCGCAGGGCGCCCUGGGGGCCUGGAGCACGGGUUCUCGGAAGGCAGGCGAGCGGCCGGCUGAGCUUGGACGGCCACCCGCGAAGCGACGGAGUGCUGCCUCCACCUACGUGGUCUGGGGUCGCGGGCACCCUCCCUUUUCGUUUUUGCAUCGCGUGAACCCUGGGGAAUCGUGAGCCUGUAGGGUUGGAGUGCGGCCACCGCUGCCGCCUCCGCCUGCCAGAGCGGCCAGCACUGGUUAGCGGUAAUCACCAUUUUAUUUUUUUUUUGGUCUUACGGGCUGAGAGGUCCCUGGGCUUUCCCAGCUCUCUCUUGCCCUGUGGCUCAAGCACAGAUCGUAUUAACUGAUAGUCUCGGAGGAACCACUGCCGCCCACCGAGUCUUGUGCUUUGUCCUUUUGGUGGAAAUAACGAUUUAAAGCAAAUUUUCCGAGUUUUUUCAGGCCACCGUUCCAGCACCCUCCCAAAAUGCCAGACAUGAAUAAAAAGGAUAAUUAAUCUUCUCUUAAGAUGUUUCUUGUUUCUUCACACUGAUGACAGUAGCAAAUGAGAAAUUUUUUUACGAAAAAGUCAUUUUAUUUAAGGGAGUUUUAAAUCCGGUGCAGACUUUUUCUACUCUACUGGCAACAGAAUUUCAGUGGACUGCUUCAGUCAGGGCAGACUACUGGAAGUCACAACCAAAGAAAUUCUGUGAUUACUGCAAGUGCUGGAUAGCGGACAAUAGGCCUAGUGUUGAAUUUCAUGAAAGAGGAAAGAAUCAUAAGGAAAAUGUGGCAAAGAGGAUCAGUGAGAUUAAACAGAAGAGCCUGGAUAAGGCAAAGGAAGAAGAAAAGGCAUCAAAGGAGUUUGCUGCAAUGGAGGCAGCUGCCCUGAAAGCAUACCAAGAGGAUUUGAAAAGGCUUGGCUUAGAGUCAGAAAUUUCAGAGCCAAGCAUAUCACCAGUAACUAGCAGUAUCCCACCCACCUCUGUAUCAAAUCAGCAGAAAGAAAAGAAGAAAAAGAAAAAAGACCCAGCAAAGGGCAGAUGGGUAGAAGGCAUAACCUCUGAGGGUUACCAUUACUAUUAUGAUCUUAUCACAGGAGCAUCUCAGUGGGAGAAACCUGAAGGAUUUCAAGGAAACUUAAAAAAGACAACAGUGAAGACUGUUUGGGUAGAAGGUUUAAGUGAAGAUGGUUAUACCUAUUAUUACAAUACAGAAACAGGAGAAUCCACAUGGGAAAAACCUGAUGAUUUCAUUCCACACUCUGGCGAUCUGCUUUCUAGUAAGGUCAAUGAAAAGUCACUUGGCACCCUAGAAGAGUCCAAAUCAUCAGAUUCGCAUAGUGAUUCUGAUGGGGAACAGAAAGCAGAAAAAGCAGAGGUCUCUACAGAAACACAAAAGCCAAAGAUAAAGUUUAAGGAAAAAAAUAAAAACAAUGAUAAAGGAACUGAACCAGAAACACAGAAAGAAAAAAAUACCCAGGAGCAGAAUUCAUCAGGUCCAAAUGCCGAAAAACCCAAAACUCAUAAAAAAUCAAACCCAUAUGGAGAAUGGCAAGAAAUUAAACAAGAAGUUGAGUCUCAUGAGGAGGUAGAUUUGGAACUUCCAAGCACUGAAAAUGAAUAUGUAUCAACUUCAGAAGCUGAUGUUGGUGGGGAACCCAAAGUGGUAUUUAAAGAAAAAACAGUCACUUCUCUUGGAGUCAUGGCAGAUGGAGUGGCCCCAGUCUUCAAAAAGAGAAGAAUUGAAAAUGGAAAAUCUAGAAAUUUAAGGCAACGAGGUGAUGAUCAAUAAUUGUGAAAGAGCUUUUUGUACGUGCUUUUUGAACAGAAUGGAGCUAUAUAUCUUAAAGCUCCUCUGUGUUUGUUUCUAAGUACUUUGAUGCUAAAAAUUUAGAUUUAUUCUAAAUGUAUUUUAUGUGAAUUUAAAAUAAAUCUUUUUUCAUGUGAAA